UAACAGAAGAUGAAUUAGAGUGGUUGGGUUGAAGAGUCCCUUUUCGUAUGCCUGCAAAUCCAUCAGGUAUCAAAGGAAUUUCAACCCUCUUCACUUUCACUCCUCGUCAAGUUUUGUUAAGCAAUCGAACCAUGAAGAACGGAACCCUAAACCCUGAACAGAAGCAGAAGCUUCUUCUGAACCAAUCAAUUGCUCUUUACUUGGAACGCUCUGGAUUCUCCAAAACCCUCAAAAAGUUUCUCUCUGAAGCCAAAAUUGAGAACGAUAAUACAGAGGGUUCAACAGUGGAUCUAGAAGAGAUGUGCCGCAAAUAUUUGGAAACAGGUAGCAAGGAUGCUAAGUCAACUAUCAAUGAUCAAAAAGCGCAAGGUGUGGAUUCCAAAAAUGACGAGGAAAAAUCCAAGGGAAAAAAGAAAAAGAAAAGCAACGUAGUUUCUGAAUCUGUUGUUGAUAAUGCGGAAGACAACCAAUUGGAGUCACCAACUGUGGGUACUGAAAACAAAGUUAAGGAUGAUUUAUCUACAGAUGCCAAAGUUGAUAAUGGUGUUGAGACAGAGAAACGGUCCAAACAUAAAAAGAAAAAGAACAAUAAGUCAAAUAUUGAAGGGGGUGCGAUAGAGCAGAAUGCAGUUACAGAAAAUAAAGUUAAGGAUGAUUUAUCCAUAGAUGCCAAAGUUGAAAAUGGUGCUGAGACAGAGAAGAGGUCCAAACAUAAAAUGAAAAAGAAAGAUAAGUCAAUUAGUGAAGGGGAUGCAAAAGAGCAGAUUGGAGACCCCGAUGCAACAAAUGAAGAAGCAAUUCCUGAAGAGAAGAAAGAUUCUAAGAAAAGAAAACGACCAAUUUCUAAAGAAAAUGAUGAACAAGAUACCGAAAUGAAGGUAGAUGAAGAAACCAAACGCAGGAAAAUAGAAAAUGGGAGUGAAUCUAAGGGAGAAGACCAAUCAGCAAAACCAAACGGGCACUCUGAGAAUGGGGCAGUGCAAAAGUCUCAGAAGAAAAAACAUAAAGAAUCAUCUGAGCAAAAACCAGUGAAGGCGGCAUUUCAACGCGUACAGGUUGACAAAGUAGAAUUUGUUGAUGAGAGGCUUCAGGAUAACUCAUAUUGGGCAAAGGAUGGUGCCGAGAGUGGUUAUGGUGCAAAAGCAGAAGAAAUUCUUGGCCAAGUCAGAGGAAGGGAUUUUCGCCACGAAAAGACCAAGAAGAAACGUGGGACCUAUAGGGGUGGACUUAUUGAUUUACAUUCCCACUCAGUUAAGUUUAAUUAUUCAGAUGAGGAGUGACUGAGAAGCAUAACUUUUUUCUUGUCAAGAAAGAUUGUAUCGAUGUUUGCUACUUGAGCACCAUGCAGGUGUUAUCAAAAUUUUGCUACAUUAUUGGUUUAUUGAAACAAUGUUGCUCAUUUGGACAACGAUAUUUUAACAGUUUUGCAAAUUUCAUCGUGCUGCUUAAUGCUUCCAGUGUUGCAUCUAAUAUAACAAUUCUGGGGCGUGAGCUUCUGUUUUGAUUGCCUUGGGAUAUCAUCGUAUCAAAUGGAAAGCUUAUUUUGUUGA